UAUUGGGUUUAACAGCAUCGCCAGGCACAAACAAGGCAACAGAUGUACUAUCUGCCAAACAUCACUUACGAAACGUGAUGACAAAUUUAGCGGUUUCAAAGCUGUCUAUUGUCAAACUAAAAAAAAAGAACUCCUGAAGUACACAACUAUUCCUGAAAAAAUAUUAAUUACUUCGAAUCCACGCCAAGACGAUCCUUUGAAGAAAAUAAUCAUGAGAGCAAUGGAUUUUGUGGAAAAUAUGUUCAAUUGUCGGAAAGUCUCAAACUUUCUUAUCGAGCACAUGGAUGAUUGUCGAGACCUGUAUGAAGCAUUAAGUAAUCUCCCGAAAGAAAGGACCGAAAUCCGUUACAUCCAAUGGACUGUAAAAACCAAAGAUGCAGUAGAACAUGUAUUACACAAAGAUCCAGCUGUACCAAGGCUACUACAUGCAUGUUUCAGACACUUAGAGACGUUUUUGUCGAUAUCCGGGAAAUUGGAAGAAAUAUCGAAAGAAACCCUGAUGUUAAAGAAGUUAUUGAAUUAUUAGAGAGCGAAUAUAGAAAACGCAAAGAAGAAUCAAGAUUUCUAAUAUUUGUUAAAACAAGAGCCACAGCAAUAGCUCUUAAGGAUAUAUUGCCUGGUUAUCUCCGAAGCACAUACCUGACAGGAUCACACAAAUGUAUAACUCAAGGAGGCCUUCCAACUGAUCAACAGAUGGCUGUCUUGGAAAAUUUCAGAAAUGGUGAACACUUAUGUGUUGUUGCAACGUCGGUUGCUUCUGAGGGAUUGGAUAUUCCACUAUGUAACUUGAUGAUACGUUACAGGUUUCGAGCAAAUGAAAUAAGCAGCUUGCAAAUGCGAGGGCGAGUUCGCCAAAUUGAUGAGGGCAAAGAAAUCCAUGUUGGUACGUUAGGGGAAUUUGAAUUAGAGGAGAAAAAUAUCAAGAGACAGUACUUAAUGACGAAAGCCAUUGAAGAAUUCUGUCAAUUUGAUAUUGACAUAUCCACUGCUGAGCAAGAUAUUUACCAGAGGGAAGAGAUAGAAAGAAACUCUAAAACUUUAAAAAUCAAACAGCGUCGGCCAGCGUUAUAUUCAGUCCAUUGUAAAUAUUGCGGAUUUUUAAUAACUCAUGGAAAUUUUAUGCGACACGUUAAUGAGAAAUUCUAUAUCGUUUUAGAUAAAGAAGUACUGAGACGAGUUGAUCAAAAAGAAUUACCAAAAAAGAGAAAGAGAAUAAUCGACGGUUGGGAUAAGCGUUGUAAGGCACAUGGUCUUGAGUGCGGGCAUGACUGGGGCUCUAUUUUUAUUUACCAAGAAUGUGAAAUACUUGCCUUGUCACAAGAAAACACUAAAGUGUUUGACAUUGGAAAUGAUAAAUUCAUAGAUUGUCGGAGAUGGAAUGACAUACCGUUUACAAUCGAUGAGAUGUCUGACGUCGACAUGGACUUAUAUAAAUUAUGAUUAGAAUGCGGCCGAAACUCAGGCUUAUCAUCAUCUAUCUCCUGAAUUUAAAGUAAAACAUGCGGUCGCUGAGUUUUGUUCUAGUAAAAUAAUAUUAAAAACAUAUUUGUACAAACUUUCUUGUUCAAUGUAUAAACACACACUGCCGUGUGUAAAUUGAAUAAGAGCCUCCAAAGUUCC